AAAUUCGAAGGAACUACCAUAAAAUACUUUCGUCUGAUAAUGUAAACUUAACUGUACAGAACCUCGCUAGAACCGAAUAUAGAUUUUUUUCCAUUUUUUCCAACGCGUACAAGACUAAUUUGAGAAAAAAAAAAGUAUCGUACACAUUGUGCGGUCGCGAUAUGUACGAUACAGGUGGCACAGAUGAGUGGUGUGGCGUCACGUAUGGAGAUAAUACUGUUCGCGGUGGUGUGGGCGGUGGGCGAGGCGCGGAUGUUCUGCGAGAAGACCAAGAUGCCGCUGGAGGUGGGCGAGUGGCGGUACGACCUCAAACACCUCGACUCGGCGGUCGUCGAGAACCAGCCGGUCACGAUCAGCCAGGGGCAAAUAUACGUGUACGAGAACUACUUCCCCGGUCACACUAUCAAAUACAUUCACGUAGACAACAUGGCGCGCAGGACAUGCGGCGCGAGCGCGUCCAUAAAGAGCGGCGGCGUCGGCACCCCCUCCGUGCUGAUAGUUCUCGAGUCUCAGUCUAACCAGGAGAUCAGGUCCGUCGUCGAGGUGUGGGGCACCAAAGAUUGGGUCAAGCCGAAACCUCAACUGCCACCGGACAUGAACACGAAGAACAUCAAGUCGCUUUACUUGUUCAAAAAACUAAGAGCCGUCAACCACAACACCGGCUAUUGAUGACGUCGACGCUGCCGCUCGUUAGUUAAUAUCACUUUUUUUUAUAUAAAGGGUGUUUCUAUGUCGGAGCGAACUGUUCCGAACACGAAUUUCCCGUGUAGAAUUCACAAUAAAAACAUGGAAAUAACCAACAUCAUAUCAUUUAUUCGAUAAAAGUACACAUUUAAAAAAUAUAACACGUUUCAUGAAACAUCGACUUACAUCACCGCCUCGCGGCAAAUUAUAAUAAUACAAUUAUAAACUAACUCGAACCUUGACUAGACUUAAAAAGAUGGCAUACUAUUUCUACGAGAAGAACAAAGAAAUAACAAUUUUGAUAAACGGGACCGAUAUAAUAAUUUGAUUUGAUAAGUUUUUAGGCCUAAUAAUAAUAAAAUUUAGAUAAUAAAAAUACCUAACCUUUCAUAAGUUUUAGUAAAAUAAUGCAAACUUUAUAGACGAUUGCUAUGUUAUUAUGACAUACCAAAAAUAAAUGAUAUAAAAAAGUAAACUUGAUGCCAUUAUAUUAUUAUACAUUUUUCAUUAAUAUCUGCACCAAACAUACUUAUUAAUAUUACACAUAGCAUUAUUAAUUAAUAAUUCACUCUAAUACACUUAAAGCAUAAAAUAUUCACUGAUAUCUAUAAUAAUGGAUAAUAUUUCAAAGUAACAAGAACAAUUGAAGAAAUACAAACAGUUUUAUAAUGAA